AUGAGCAGCUAUGAACUGGUGACUGGAAAGAGUUACAAAGGUUCAACAUGCGUUUUUGGUGGGCCCCUUUUUGGCUACUCAAAGUCCAACAACAAGGGCUCAGCACGAUGGUCUCGUAUGUUGUUCGUGGGCAAGGUGGACCCACAAGAUUCUUUCAUCUUGUACAAUGGUUCAAAUCUGGUGUUAGUGAAGUCAGUGCGCCGCAUUCAAACAGAUUGGCGUGGACACCUGAGAGUUGUUCCAACAAAGGGAUGCCGUGAUGCAAUCAGUGCCAGUUUCAAGCAGCCUCAAGGCUCCAUUGAGCCAUCAGCCUUCUAUGACGCUGAUGGUGCAGCUGUGAUCGAGAAGGCCAGGGAGGAAAAGCAAGAAGAAUUGGAGAAUCAACAAAUGAGUCUUUUUGACCGACCUGGCAUUGCAGUUGAGGAGGAGCUGGUUCAAGUGCAGUUGGUUGAGGAUGGGACUGGUGAAGAAGUUCCCAAUCCAAGUUUGCGUUUGGAUGCACCCACAACACCUUUGCAUCUUUUGGAAGCUCCCUCUACUCCGACUUCACCAAGGAGAGACUCAACAGUCAGAGUGCAUGAGAAUGAAACUGAGGAGGAGCAAUCACAGAAACGCCCCAAAGUAGAAUCUGCCAAGAAAGCCAGACUUUCCAUGCUGACAGAGGAGCGCAAUACAAUGGUACGUGUUGUCAAGUUUGCAGAGGAGGAGUAUUGCACGAUGGACAGCUAUGAUGAUGAUCCUCAAAUGGAUGACCACGUGGACUAUGAAGAUCCAUGGAAUGGAGAAGAUCAGCUUUCUGGUGACAGUAUGCCAGAGGCAUUGUGGUCUGACGUUGAUCCUUCAGUGCACCCUCCUGCCCCUCCAGCUUGGGUAGAUCGACUGGCUGACAGCGUGGAGUUGCAACGUCUUUGCAACAUGGGCGUUUUGAUGAAAGAAGAAGAUUACAAAGAACCAGUGCAUUCAAAGCUGACUACACGUUUUGUCUAUGAUUGGAGGCUGAAAGAUUACAAAGGUCCCAACAAUGACCAACCUGCUGUGAAGAAAUGGCUUCGAAGGAGUCGAUGUGUUGCAAGGGAAUAUGUAUUUCUUGAACGCCGAGAGGAUACUUUUGCACCUGCAAGCUCAACCCAUGUGCUCAAUUUUUUGCCCCUUCUUUGGCUGCAGAAGACAGCUGACAGCCAAGCAGUUGAGGGCACAGAAACCAAUAGAAUUUGCCUGGACAAAGGCAAGGUGCCAGAAGCUAGUUAUCAGUUCUUGCGAGCUUUCCUCGACAAGACCUUCAACGUUGAGUGGUGUCCUGAGCAGCCUUGUUUGUGCAGAGGAGUGGAGUUUUGUCUACUCACUCAUGUGGACGACAUCAUGUAUGCAGGCUCUCGAAAAUUCUGGCAUGAGGUUUUUCUCCCUGCUUUUCAAAAGGCUUUCACAGUGAGCUACAGUGAACUUGGAGAUGUUGGUAGUGAAAUCAAUUUUCUCAAGCGCCGCAUCAGACGCCUUCCAGGUGGUUUGGCUUUAAUUCCUGGUACCAACAUCGAUGCUUUGGUUCAAAAGGUGGAAGCAAAGCUGGGACAUGUGCGUUUACAAUCCAUGCCUGGAGAUGCAAGUUUGCAGCGUGAAGAUACAACAAAAGAGCUUUCAAGUGGUGAUGCAAGCGCUAUGGGUCAGCCAGUGUGUUUGGCAGACUCUUCUCCUUCAACUGAAAAGUGGUGGUUCAAAGUUGGUGUGAUGCUUUUGGUUUUCAUCUUGAUUGCAUUUGCAAUUGGAUGUUUCGUGGUGCGCCGCUAUGUGAAGAAACUGCUGCAUGAUCUUUACCAUCUCAGUGUCCAAGUUGCAGAAGCUGACGCAACAAUUGGUGAAUACAUGGUUGCAGUUCCACAACUUCGAAGUGAAAUCAAUGGUUUGCGUUUGCAGUUGGAUGAUGUGAGUCAGCGCUGUGCCAUGCUGACAACCCAGUUUGCACAACAGGAAACAGACAUGGAAACUUUGAGCGAUCGCCAAGAUGGUCUGCACUUUGGUUUGGUGGAAGUGGGCGGCUAUGUGAGGACACAUGACCUUACGCCUGCCCAAAGACGCCACAUGUACACCCAAGAGCGUGGCAAUCUGGUUGCUAAGAACAACUAUGGGUACAAGCCAGUGAAUGCAGAAAGCGCUGAGAGCUCCAGCCCUACUUCAGACAUGGAGGUGGACAACACAGUGCUCAAUCCAGCCCGCGACAUCACUACACGUCGUGGAGAGUUGGAAGUUACCAUCGAUGAUCUGAGGACGCAAUUGGAUCAGGCACCUGCGUCUGAAUCUUGGGAAGAUGCUGCAGAGCUUCAGCAUACAAUUUUGAUCCUGUUGGAUCGAUUGCAAACCCAGGAUUUGAGAGAUCGAGAUGUCAUGCGCGAGACUCUUCAUCGCAUGGCUGACCGUAUGGAAAAUCUAUCUCGACGUGUCCGUCGCCGAGGAAAUGGAGUCCUGGCAGACCAAUACAUGGACUAUGCAAUGAGCUACAGGAAUUCAGUAUGA